AUGUCCGGGACGAUUAGUACCGACGAGCAGGCCCUCGCCCUCGCUCACGAGGCCGGCUGGACCGACGGUCUUCCCAUCGUGCCGCCGACGGCGGAGCGGGUGCGCGCGUUCGUGAAUGCGUCGGGCCGCUCGGCGCUGGAGUUGGUGGGAGAGAUACCGCCGCGCGGCGGGCGGGCCACGGUGGAAAAGCUGGCGGCCAACGCGGUGAUGGCCGGAUGCUUGCCGGAGUACUUUCCAGUGGUCAUCGCGGCGAUUGACGCUCUGCUGCUGCCCCGUUUCAACCUGGCGUCCGUGCAAUGCUCAACGCAUAUCGCCACCCCGUUGGUGGUGGUGAACGGGCCGGCUGCCGAUGAACUGGGGAUGAACUCCGGGGGCAACUGCUUCGGCCAGGGCAACCGGGCCAACGCAACUAUCGGCAGGGCAGUGAAGCUGGCGUUGACCAAUCUGGGCGGCGCCCUGCCGGGGGAUGAGGACCGGGCAACCUUCGGACAUCCCGGCAAGUUCACCUACUGCAUCGCCGAGAACGAGGCGGAAAACCCCUGGGAACCGUACCAUGUGGAACGCGGGUUCCGUGCCGACCAGUCCGUCGUCACCGUGCAUCCGGCGGAAGCGCCUCACAACCUGAACAACCACGGGGCGGACAACCCGCGCGACCUGCUGACCACCUUCGCGAUGUCCAUGGCCAUCCCGGGCUGCAACAACAUCCACGUCAUGGGAGACGUGCUGCUGGUGCUGGGGCCGGAGCACGCCGACAUCAUCGCCAGCGCCGGGUGGAGCAAGAACGAUGUGCGCUCGUACCUGUACGAGCUGGCCCGGCAGCCUCUGGGAGUGCUGAAGCUGGGCGGGAUUCACGGCCGUCAUGCCCAUCGCAACACCCUGUGGCCCCGCUGGAUCAACCGGGAGGACGACAAUGCCCUGGUGCCGGUGGUGCGGCGACCCGAGGACAUCCAUAUAAUGGUGGCCGGCGGAGCGGGCCGGCAUUCAGUCUACAUUCCAGGCUGGGGUUCGCGGAUUACGUCAGCGGCCGUCAGAUGA